AGAAAAGGCUUCGCCUUGAUAAGGUAAUCAAUCCAUUACACUGCACCAUAUACAGAGCAAAGGCAAAACCCAAUCCCCAUCAAGUCUUUCUUUCUUUCCCUUCUCUCCCGCCUCUGCGCAGUUUAGCGACGCUAUCAAGAGGCAUCAAUGGGGUCUAUACUCCGUGACUGGCAAGGGUUCCACCAAUUCCCUGCUGCCACACAGUCCAAACUUGUUGAAUUGUUUGCCAAAUUAAAGGAAGAGGGUGUUAAUAAAAUGACCAUACUUGUUAUGGGCAAAGGUGGAGUUGGGAAGUCCUCCACUGUCAAUUCUCUUCUCGGAGAGCGAGUGGUCAAUGUGAGCUCCUUCCAGUCAGAGGGAUUCAGACCAGUCAUGGUCUCACGUGACCGGGCUGGAUUCACGUUGAACAUCAUUGACACCCCAGGCCUUGUGGAAGGUGGUUAUGUCAACUACCAAGCUCUGGAGUUGAUUAAACGGUUCCUAUUGAAUAAGACUAUAAAUGUUUUGCUCUAUGUUGAUCGCUUGGAUGCAUAUAGAGUGGAUGACUUGGAUAAGCAGAUUAUUAGUGCUAUAACUGAUAGUUUUGGAAAAGAAAUAUGGAACAAAAGUUUGCUUGUCCUCACUCAUGCUCAGCUUUGCCCACCAGACGAUCUCAUUUAUGAUGUCUUUUGUGGUCGAAGAUCAGAGGCUGUUUUGAAGACUAUUCGGAUGGGAGCACAGAUUAGGAAACGAGAUUUUGAGGACUCUGCUAUUCCAGUUGGUUUGGUUGAAAACAGUGGGAGAUGCAACAAAAAUGAGAAUGAUGAAAAGAUUCUCCCAAAUGGGGAUGCUUGGAUUCCGAGCUUGGUAAAAGAGAUUGUUGGGGUUGCAACAAAUGGGAAGAAAUCUCUUUUAGUUGACGAGAAGUUGGUUAAUGGAUCCGAGUCAAAUGACAGGGGAAAGAUAUUUAUUCCUCUUAUCUUGGGAGUCCAGUGGCUUCUUGUGAAAUGGAUUCAACGAGAAAUAAAAAAAGAUAUUGUGAAAGGGGGCAAGUAUAUUUGAGUACUGUUAGGUUGCCCUCAAGUCAGGUGCAAGAUCUUUUGUGGCUCUUUAAUGGCCUCUUCUUCCUUCUUUCUCCACCUUGUUCUAUUCAUUUCCUUUUUAUGUCCUUGCAUCUUCACUAUUUCUGAAUAUCUAGUCAAUCUGUACCUGUGUGUUUGUGUUGUGCGUUCAUUUUUUAGGGACAGAACAUGAGUGAAAGGAGGCUUUUGCUCUUUAAUUAAGUGUCUUCUUUUCCAGUUUUAUGUAUUUUUUCCCGCAUUUUUUAUUUGAAUUUCAUUCAUGAA